UUCCCUCUCUACUGGGAACUGGUUGAACCAGAGUACAACCUGCUCAUCUGCCUCCGGCGGCGGCGGAGCAGCUGAGCUGAGACGUGCUGAGCAGGGAGCAGAGCAGCAGAGCCAAGGUUUGGGAGGCUAGGCUGGCUCGCUGCGGCUGCGGGGCGCUGCUGAGGGCGAGCAUUGGACCAGCCGCCUCCCCGAGGCCCAUGCGGGGGGCAAUACAGCCCGCGGCUCGCUCAUGAGGCCACCGCGGUGCAGGGGAAGGACCCAAGGCAUCCCGCUGGGGCUGCUCGCGUUCUGGGUGACUGCUGCCCGAUGUCUACAGAGUCAGGGUGUGUCACUGUACAUUCCACAGUCGGCCAUCAACGCCACUGUCCAAGAAGAUAUCCUGCUGUCAGCGGACUUCAUCUGCCAUGGCGUGCCCACUAUUGAGUGGACGUACACACCUAACUGGGGUGUGCAGAAGAUUGUGGAGUGGAAGCCAGGGACCCCAGCCAAUGUCUCCCAAAGCCACAGAGACAGAGUCUGCACCUUUGACAAUGGCUCCAUCCAGCUUUUCAGUGUGGGUGUGAGGGAUUCUGGCUACUACGUCAUCACUGUCACAGAGCGCCCGGGGAGCAGCCAGUCCGGCACCAUCUUGCUGCAUGUGUCUGAGAUCCGCUAUGAAGACCUCCACUUCGUUGCUGUCUUUUUCGCUCUGCUUUCUGCGGUGGCUGUGGUGUUAAUCAGCCUUAUGUGGGUUUGCAAUCAGUGUGCGUAUAAGUUCCGAAGGAAGAGGAGGUACAAACUCAAAGAAAGCACCACUGAGGAGAUUGAGAUGAAAGAUGUUGAGUGUUAGCCAAGAUUGUGCCCAACUACAUUGCUACCUCAAGAGAAAAACAGUAUUUUCCAGUCGAAGGAACAAACCGAGCCAAUCCUUGCUGCAGUUUUCACACCCCUUUCCUGAUGACACAGCUGGAAGAUCAGAAAGCUGACUGGAUCUGGAGGUGAUGGCUCCUCCAGAUCUAGUAUAAGCCAGUUCUACGACUUGCCUGUAGCACAAAGAAACAUCUGAGGCUUCAACCAGGAACUUUCCUUGGUUGCAGCUUCGGGUCAUGCUGACCCUUAACACAGACAGGCACCUGCUACCACUUACAAUACAGGCUGCAGUCCCACACUGGCCUGUUGAAGGAGUUCCUGUCUCCAGAGCCAAAGUGUCUGCAGAGGGGCUGAUGUGCAGCUAGCACUGGAACAUGCUCUCUGUUCUUCUGUGCUCCGGUCUGAUGUGCAAACUGCGGCACCCUCCUCCUCCCCAUCUUACAUCCCGUAGAGGCGAGCAAGCCUGAGGCUCUGAGACAGUCUGAUGAGUGGAGUGAACUGUACCUCAUGGGGAGCAGCCCAGUGUGCCAAGAAGGGACCAGCUUUGGGCACAGGGAUCAGAGGACAUCGAUCUCAUCCUCCCUCAUACAAAAUUAAUUGAGUAACCUAACCUUGGGUUACUACGAGAAAAACACAGAGUAAGUUAACUAGGGGUAGCUGGAUGACAGAAGUAAAAUCUCUACGGCUUCAUCCAGCUUCACCUUAUUCAAUCAUCAACACUUCAAGUCUCCAGUCAAAUCCCGGGCAGAGGAGCAUGUGGUGUUCACCUACCUCAUAUGGCAUCAGGAGAAGCCAGUAUUAGCCUAGACCUCUGGGAGGGAGUAAGAAAAGCAUGCAAAACCUUGAAGGAUCUGGAAAGCUAGUUGAGAAAGUGCAAUAUUGCAUAGCAAAUAUUAAAAUGCCCUGGGACAGGGCUAGAGAAGCUUAGUACCUAAGAGCACUUGCUGUUCUUGCAGAGCACCCUAAUUCAAUACCAUGCACCCACAUGGUAGCUCAUAACCUUCUGUAACUCCAGUUCCAGGGAAUGCCUCCCUCUUCUGGCCCCCAUGGGUACUGCAUGCACACGGUGCACAACUAGAUGUGAAGGCAAAACAUUCAUACGCGUG